AUGUGCUGCGUGGGUGGAAAAGUUAAAUUACCAGAUUUGACUGUACCUCCCGAACCAUUACUAUUUUUAGUAACAGGUCACACGCGCAUAUCAAAACAUUUCUUGAAAAAUAUUUGCAAAUAUAAUUCAUGUUUUCAAAUGACAUCGUUUGGUGCAACUGAUAUUGUAAAAAACAAUUUCAUGUCAACGUUCAAAGUUCAAGGACAAAUUUAUCAUCGCGCAGGAUCGCUGCUUCCACUAGAUUCCGAUUAUAAAUUUCUUCAAAUUUAUUUCAUGGGAACUUCUAAUGAACAAGUUGAUCAACGCUGUCGGCUCAGUAGGAUUACUCAUAGAGCAAUUGUCUCUGACUUGCAAGAUUUUUUCGAUCAACACAACGCUUUAGUUACACUGUUUCGAACGGCCCUCGAGAGAAUGCCAGCUGAUAAUUUUGCCGUUGUUAUUAGACCUGACAAAACACCUAAUGGUCAACAUGAGAGAAGAUACAAUGCACCAACGAUUGAUGAAGUGGCAAUCGUUAUAGUCGGCGAACAAUUCCAUCCACGUGAUAUAGUUCUUCACCGGAGAAAUGGAAAUGUCAUACGAAUCCCAGAAACGCAUCGAUCCUACGAUGCAUUGCAAUAUCCGAUAAUAUUUUGGCAAGGAGAAGAUGGAUAUCACUUUAAUAUUAAAAUGUUAAAACCAGGAACACAAGAGGAGGACACAAAAAAAUAUAUUGUCGAUAUGUACGCUAAAGUCGAGAGUGAACGACUUCUCUACAUUCACUUAAAUCAAAAGAAAUUGCGUUCCGAAGAAUACAUUCACUUACGCGAUGCAGUUGCUACUGACGGAAAUCUUCGUGCAUUAGGAAAAAUGGUUAUAUUACCAACUACAUUUACAGGGAGUCCUCGACACAUGCAUGAAUACGCACAGGAUGCACUGACGUACGUUCGUUCAUACGGCCGUCCAGAUUUAUUCAUCACUUUCACAUGCAAUCCUACUUGGGAUGAAAUUCAAGAAUUGCUGCUACCUGGACAAUCCUCUUCAGAUCGCCAUGAUAUUGUCGCACGCGUUUUUAAGCAAAAAUUAAAAUCUUUCAUGAAUUUCAUUGUCAACCAUCGUACUUUUGGAGAGACACGCUGUUGGAUGUAUUCCAUUGAAUGGCAAAAAAGAGGACUACCUCAUGCACAUAUUUUGAUUUGGUUUAUGGAAAAAAUUACACCAGACAAAAUUGAUGAAAUCAUAUCAGCAGAAAUACCAGAUUCGAACAUCGAUCCGGAACUUUUCGAAAUUGUUAGAAAAAAUAUGAUUCAUGGUCCAUGCGGUAUCAUAAACAACAGUUCUCCUUGCAUGAAGGAUGGAAAAUGUACUAAACGUUAUCCACGAGACUUGAACAACAACACUAUCACAGGAGAAGAUGGAUAUCCUUAG